AUGGAGAGCUUCAUCCUGCCCACCGCUUCCAUCGGGGCUGUGCCCUGCAGCACCAGGACAAGAAGCCCAGAGACCCUGUGUCCCUGUGUCCCUGCCAGCCUGCCCGCUUGUGGCCCCGCAGCCCCGCCGGACAGCGAGCUGCCUGCCCGCACCUGCACCAUCUACCGGCCCUGGUUCUCACCCUACAGCUACUUCAUGUGCACCAAAGGAGCCGCCCAGCAGCACCUGGGCAGCCUCUCCUCCAGCCUGGCCUCCAGCACCCAGGAGCAUGAGGAGCCUGAUGACCUCUCAGAGAUCAUCUGCUCCUCCUCUGGCUCCUCAGAUGAGCUCCAGCCCACUGAGAGGGACAGACCAGCCAGGAGCAGAGCCAGUAUCACAUUCCGGGACAUCCUCGCCGCUUCCCAGUGGCAGCCGGUGCCCCAGCACGGCUACCAGUGCGUGUCGUGCUGCCGCGUCUUCCCCACGCUGUGGUCGGUCAAGGCCCACAUCCAGCACAGCUCCCAGGAGGGCUACAGCUGCAAGGUGUACUACCGCAGGCUCAAGGCCCUGUGGCAGAAGGAGCACAAGGAGCAGGAGGCUGCAGCCCCCAGGGUGCCCGUGUAG